CUGAGAAAUUACGGGCAUUCGGUCUUCACUAUCUCUCCCUCCCUCUCACUGACCUCGCUGAUAUUCUACGCCUUGCUUCUCUGCGUUUCAACGAUCAGGAUCGGACGGUCCAGAAUGAAUGGAGCUUAUUCUGCUCGUUUUGCUCAGUUUUAGAGCUCGAAACCCUCAGAUCUAGCCUAUCAGUCCUCGGAUCUUCCUUCCUGGUAUCUGACUGAGACUGAGUUGCGGCACGAAAUGGAUGCAAAUUACAGUUCGGUAACGGUCCCGCUUAAUUACGGCGUGCUAACAUGCGCCGUGGGAGCCUUGGCGAGUUCUCUGGUGGUUGCUCUCGUCAGAACCCAACUUUUGGCCCCGGAUCACCUUGGCCUCCUAAUAGCUAACACGACUGGAGUCAAGGGGGAUCACAAUACUGAAAGCUCGGACAAACAAGUUGAUGCAGACGGAGAUGACGACAACGAAGAUGAAGGUGAGAAUGAGGAUGGAGAUAAUGGAGCUGGGGAGGGCGAGGAGGACGUGUCUGAAGAAGGAGGUGGGCAUGACAAAAGUUCCAACGGCAAGAGCAACCCGAAGAAGCUGGCUCCAGAAGGUGGUGCUGGUGGUGCUGAAGAGAAUGGAGAAGAGGAAGAGGAAGGUGAUGAAGAUGAUGACCAGGAUGAUGAUGGCGAUGAAGACGAGGACGAGGACGAUGAUGAUGAAGAGGAUGACGGUGGGGAGGAAGAUGAAGAGGAGGUCGUUGAAGAAGAGGAGAACGAAGAGGAUGAGGAAGAAGAUGAGGAGGACGAGGAAGACGAGGAGGCACUGCAGCCCCCAAAGAAAAGGAAGAAGUAAAAGAAGCGUUUUCAAGGCUUAUAAUAUUAAUUUGUGUUGUAACGAAUGUGGCUUCUAACUUGGGAUGUUUCUGUUUAGUUCAUAAGGAGGCCUACUUUAGGACAUGGUUUAACUGGUAUCUGUGUUUCCCAUUGCUUAAUUAGAGAACUACAUUUUUAAGCGGGCCGAUGUUGAUUUAGAAAGAAAAAAAAAAUGUUGCAAUUUACUAUUUCCUUUUCCAAA